AUGGCGCCGCCGUCGUCGAUGCUGCUCCUCCCAGCCUCGCUCCUGGCGCUCGUCUGUCAGGUCACGGCCGCUCAGCAGCUUCCCACGGCAGUCAAGAAGCUCUCACUGGACUCGAGCGAAAAAAUCUUUCCCGAGCACCUGGCGUUUGCGCCGCUUCUGCCCGCUGGCGGGAUCCAGGACAGCAGCGUGUUCCUCCAGGAUCUCAACAGCCAUGACUACGACGAGGACGACGACGCUGCGCUGCAACGUCACAACGGCACGGAGCGGGUCUUUCGCCCUGCGUUUGCAAGGCACCUGGACGAUAGCGAGGACCACGACUUGCGGCGGGCGGCCGCGGCGCUCGCCCUGCUGCGCAAGCGGGCCGCCAGCUGCCCGGCGGGCAUGACGAGCUGCGCGGAUCAGGGCUCGCCCAACAAGUGCUGCCAGAAGGGCACUUAUUGCACAGACGUGCCGGACACGAUGGUCGGGCAUGUCGCGUGCUGUCCGGAUGGAUCCAAGUGCGGAGGCGGCGUCGGCAACUGCCCCACGGGCGCGACGAGCUGUCCGUCCGACCUGGGCGGCGGCUGCUGCAUCCCGGGAUACGUUUGCCAGGGCGUCGGAUGUGUGCCUAGCGCUUCGGCGACGCAGAGCUCCAGCGCUCCGUUGACGAUAACGUCAACCCAGACGACCAUGGUCGGCGGCAGCCCGUCGACGGUCAUUGUCACACUGACAGUGACGGCCACUUCGUCUGCCGCACCCACCACGGAGACGGAGACCACGACCAUCACUCCGUCCGGCGACGGCUCCGCCACGGGCCGACCCCCCUGGCGACCCACGGGCUCCUCCUCGGACGCGGACUCCGCCAGCACGACAGCGGCGCCGACCUCCCAAGACGAGCCCACGCAAACGGGCUGCCCGACGGGUUUCUACGGAUGCCUGGCAACGCACGGCGGCGGCUGCUGCCGCACCGACCGCGACUGCCAAACGCACGACUGCCCGGCAGCAUCAUCGACGACGCUCGUGUCGGGCGGCGUGACGGUAGUAGUGCCCGCGACGGACGUGCCCAAGGCGACGGCAUCGGCGACGUGCGCGGGAGGGUGGUUCCUUUGCGGGAAGGAGGCUGGGCCCGUGGCUGGGUGCUGCCCAAGCGGGUACGACUGCGGCACGGCGAGUUGCUUCACUGCGGGCGCGAGCCAGACGGGAAGCGUGCAGAAGGAGGCGCCGAAGAAGGGGGCCGCUGCGGCGGGCGGACGCAGCGCCGGACUACUGGCCGCGGGUGUGGCCGUGGGUGUCUGGGCAAUGCUCGCUGUGGCAUGA